ACUGUUCAUAGUGCUGUGGGUCACAGGAGUCACCUUUAACGUUACCACCACUGACACCAAGAGACAGACUGAGAGAGUGCAGAAGCUGUGCCCAGGAGGGCAGCUCCCAUUCCUGCUGCAUGGCACUGAAGUGCACACAGACACCAACAAGAUGGUGGAAUUUCUGGAGGCAGUACUGUGCCCUCCGAGAUACCCCAAGCUGGCAGCUCUGAACCCUGAGUCCAACACGGCUGGGCUGGACAUAUUUGCCAAAUUUUCUGCCUACAUCAAGAAUUCAAACCCAGCACUCAAUGAUAAUCUGCAGAAGGGACUCCUGGAAGCCCUGAAGGUUUUAGACAAUUACUUAACAUCCCCCCUCCCAAAAGAAGUAGAUGAAACCAGUGCUGAAGAUGAGGGCAUCUCGCAGAGGAAGUUUCUGAAUGGCAAUGAGCUCACCCUGACUGACUGCAACCUGUUGCCAAAGCUACACAUAGUACAGGUGGUGUGUAAGAAGUACCGGGGAUUUAACAUCCCUGAGGCCUUCCCGGGAACGCGUCAGCACUUGAGCAAUGCUUAUGCAUGGGAAGAAUCCGUCUCCACCUGCCCAGAUGAUGAGGAGAUCCAGCUCGCCUAUGAGCAAGGGGCCAAUGCCCUCAAAUAAGCCCCUCCUGGGACUCCCUCAACCCCCUCCAUUUUCUCCACAGAGGCCCUGGUGGUUUCCAUAUUGCAACCCAAUGGACACACUCCAAAAUGGCCAGUG